AUGAGUCCAUCAACUCCCUCGCCUGCGCUGUUGCGCCGGGCCAGCUGGAAGGCAGAAGCGAUCCGAAAGGGCAACUUGAAGAUCAGCGGUCCAAUCCCCAUCACUGAGGACAUGCCGCUCAAUGACGAGGAAGAGAAGAGAUUUGCUGAAAACGGGACCUUGAGUGAUCCUCCGCAGUCGCCAGUCGCACCGCUGGAAGAGCAGCGCCAACGGUCGGCGACUCCCCCAAGACCAGCCCAUCCUGCCCCGGCAGUUCCAGACCAUCCAAUGCCAUUGCGAUCAAAUCUCGUUGUAGUAGACCAGCCGCAGCAAGAGGAGGAAGCACGCGAUCAUGUUCCGUUGAGAUCGCCGCGCAAUCUGCAACCCAUCAGCAUUGUACAGCGCGAUAGCGUAGUCCCAUCCAGCAUAGCCCCAUCUCCAUCGCCUUUCCGGUCAACGCCCGAAAGUGCGACGGCAGCGGCGGCAGCAAAGGCGACGCAAAGGAAGCGCAAAAGUGGGCUCAGGAAUGUCUUUCGCAAAAUGUUCGGUAAAAAGACGGCCGAACCAGAGCAUCAGCAGCAACAGGAUGAGACCACCCGUCGUGGUCAUAGCUAUCAUAAUAGCGAUCCGGGCUUGUUAAGAUCGACACCACCAAUAGAACAGAGGCCGUCACCAUCACCAGUUGGACCGCGGAUAUCUGAUUUACCCGUCAAGGAGCUGGAGCCAUUGCACCCCUUGGGCCAGCACCUGCCGUACCCAAUGAAUGUGAAUGCGCCGCCAGCAAGUCCACCGGACGAGUAUCUUACCUUUGAUGUCAAUAGACAGGGGCGCCGAAGAGCUACGCUUCCCAACGUACCAGGCCUGGUCGUUCAGCGUCACAGCCUGGACGAGUCGCGACCAAAGCUGGCGCCUUGGCAAGAGCGAAUCGAGGACGGUAAUACGUCUCCUUCUCGAAUUGGUAUUGCACUCUCCAGUCCAUCGCACGGCACUUCGAGACCCAACAAGCGCAGGUCACGCAGUGCAGAUGCUCUUCAUGACAUGGCCAAAGACCUUGCUUCGAUCGAGAGGAGACGCAGCGCCGAAAUCAAGUACUGGCGGGAGAGCAAUAUGUCUGGCAGUGUGUACAGUCGGCCAGCAACAGCAAAGACGGUGGAGACGUUCCGCAGCGUACAGAUGCAGGAGCCAAUGAUCCGGGAGCCAGAGGCGGAUUCAUACAACGAAAUGAGCGCUACGCUUGUGCAGGCGGAUGAUCCGCAAACACCCACGUCAGAAGGACUUGACCGGUCGAAACAGGAGGAAAAGGAAGGAGGUGUCUACGCGAUCGUUUCUGAUUUCAAUUUCGGUGAUUUGAAGGACGGCCGAGAGUCCGGGCCGGUGCCGGCAGAACCACAGCCAGAACCGGCACGAGUUGUCGAACCAGUCUCUCAAGCCGGCGGCCAAGAAAUCUCACCGGUAGCACCUCUUCCGGCGCCAAAUCCAAAUCGACUAUCAAUGGAAGAGCGGCUCAUGCAUCUUGAAAACCAAUACUCUAAUCUCGAAACACUAACCCGCCGCCUUUCAUCCCGAAACAAUAGACAAACUAUUAUACUUGAAAACGCACCCCGGAGCCUUCGCUCGAGAGACCGAAGCACUUCCGUCUCUGCCUCGCGGUCUCACUCACGCUCUGCACCGAGCAUCCACCAAGAGCCUUCUCAUCUUCGUCAUCAGAGCACCAGCAGCGAGUACAUAGAAGAGCCUGUGCAUGCGCCGAGCUCUCCUACUUCAACUCUCCCGGUCGCUAGCAACAAUGAACAAGCCAAGGCGCUGCAAGACAUGCGUGCAGUGUUGGAAGUGGAGCGCAACGCGCGAAUCGCACUCGAACACCGCGUCCACUCACUGCAGAUUGAAGUAUCAAACUUGCAAGCUCUAAUAAACAAGCUCGUCGCCGGCAGCGGAGCGACAUACCCCACACCCUCACCAGACAUGCUCAUUAUGACUUCUGAAGAUAACCAGCGCGUGAGCUGUUCUACACCACGCGCCAUGACACACAACCAGAACGCUUACUACUCCCAGCACCAGCGACCGCACAACUGGAGACACGACUCUGAGAGCAUGUACUCUGAUGACUUGGUCCUGGGGUCUUCUGGCACAGGAGAGGCCGCAUCGCCUGAUGAGUGGGCGACGCCCAAGGAAGAAGGAUUCUCUAACAGUGGAUUCUUCCAUGCUCGUGACGAUGGCAUGAAGGAGUAUUCAUGA